GUGAGGCUAUUCACAAAUCACCUGCAGUCAACCUCCAUUCCAGAAGGUGUCAGUAAGGCAUGGCUUAGCUGUCUGGUUGCUUUGACUUUGCCUCCUACGCUACGAACAAAUUCCAUUUUCUAGCGAAACUCCAUGGAACUGUUAAAUAUGUUUGAACAAGAGUGCUAAAUUUUGCGGAGUUAAACAUUGUUUCAAUUCUCGUCAGACAUCAUCACGAGACUAACAUAUCUCGGUGUGUAGAGCAGUGUACCUGCUUGAGGGAAGAUGGAUCUCGGACAGCCAACGUCGAGUUCUGGCUGUAGCGUGAGUGAAACACACGAGGUUGACAUCAGACUGCUGGUGAAAGAAGAAGACAUAAAAGAGGAGGAAUAUGGUCGUCUGAUAUCAUGUCAGAGUGAUGAAGAAAGGCCUUUUUCAGAGCAUGGAAUACUACAAUCAACAGCGGAGAUUAAAGUGAAAAAAGCAGAUGGCGAUGGAGAGCAUUUGGGAACUGGAAGGAACCUGGAUCUGGCAUUGAGCUCUGGCUGUAAUGUGGCUGAAACACACCGGGCUGACAAGAGACUGCUGGUGAAAGAAGAAGAUGUAAAGGAGGAGCAACAUGAGCAUAUGAUUGCAUGUCAAGAUGAAGAAGAAAGGCCCUUUGCAGAGGAACAUGAGCAUAUGAUUGCAUGUCAAGAUGAAGAAGAAAAGCCCUUUGCAGAGGAACAUGAGCAUAUGAUUGCAUGUCAAGAUGAAGAAGAAAAGCCCUUUGCAGAGCAUCACUGUAAGACUGUGACAGACAGCACGUUAGAGUCUUGCGUUACCUACAAUGAAACACAACAGACAACAGUGGAGAUUGAAGUGCAAAUUGAAGAGGAGGAACAUGAGCAAGAUCAUCUGCUGGGAAGUGUAUCAGAACACCCACAUAUAACACAACAGAAGAUUCAUGGACAGAAUGAUGAACUCAACCUGCAUAAACAUGCUGGAGAGAAGCCUCAUAAAUGCAUACAAUGUGGAAAAGGUUUCCCAUAUAUUUCAACUCUUAAAAAACAUAUGCUGUCUCACACUGUAGAGAAGACUUAUAAAUGUGUCCAGUGUGGAAAAGGCUUCAAAUAUAAUUCAACUCUAAAAUCCCACAUGCUAAUACAUACUGGAGAGAAGCCCCAUCAAUGCCCCCAGUGUGGGAAAGCCUUCACACAAGUUUGCUAUCUUAAAAGGCAUAUGCCAGUACAUUUGAGAGAGAAGGCUAGUCAGAAGCCAAUAGAAAAGAAGCCUAUAGAGAAGCUUCAUAAGUGCCUCAAAUGUGGGAAGGCUUUUUCACAAAUGUCAGCUCUUAACAUCCAUCAGCUAACACGCCAUACAGAAAAGCCUCAUAAAUGUGUGCAGUGUGGGUUAAGGUUUUCACUCGUUUCAAAUCUUGAAACCCAUAUGCUGUUUCACACAAUUAAGUAUCAUAAAUGUGCCCAGUGUGGAAAAAAAUUCUCAAUAUUUGCAGCUCUUCAAGCCCAUAUGCUAAUUCACAGAGAUGAGAGGCGUCAUAAAUGUGACCAGUGUGGAAAACCAUUUUCACGCCCUGCAAUUCUUAAAAAACAUGUGCUAACACAUAGAGGAGAGAAGCCUCAUAAAUGUUUCCAGUGUGGAAGAGUUUUUUUGCUAAUAUCAACGUUUAAAAAACAUAUGCUAACACAUAUGGGAGAGAAACCUCCUACAUGUGACCAGUGUGGGAAAGCAUUUUCACACCCUGCAAUUCUUAAAAAACAUAUGCUAACACAUAGAGAGAAACGUCAUAAAUGUGACCAGUGUGGAAAAGCAUUUUCACGCCCUGCAAUUCUUAAAAUCCAUUUACUAACGCAUACAGGAGAGAAGCCUCAUAAAUGUUUGCAGUGUGGAAAAGCAUUUGCACGUGUUUUAACUCUUAAAAACCAUAUGCUAACACAUACGGGAGAGAAACCUCAUAAAUGUGACCUUUGUGGAAAAGCAUAUGCACACGUUUCAACUCUUCAGUACCAUAUGCUACUGCACUCAAGAGAGAAGCCUCAUCAAUGCGAAUGGUGUGGAAAAGCUUUUACACUGCUUUCAGUUCUUCAAAGUCAUAUUUUAAGUCACACUGGAGAGAAGCCUAAUAAAUGUGUCCAGUGUGGAAAAUUCAUUUCAAAUUUUAAAUCCCAUAUACUAACUCACACUGGAGAGAAGGCACAUAAAUGUGACCAGUGUGGAAAAGCUUCUCCACAAACUUCAAAUAUGAUUACGUCCCAUCUGCUACAACCUAGACCACAGAAAUGCAUCAUAAUUGUGCCCAUUGUGAAUAAACAUUUGUAAAGGGCGCAGAUCUUAAAAGCCAAAUGCUUACACACACUGGAGAGAAACCUCAUGAUGUGUCCAGUGUGGAAAAACCUUUUCAGAAACUGUGACUCUUAAAUAUGUACUGUGCCAGUUUCUUACCUUGUUGGUCGGUGGUAGCAUAGUGAUAGGAACCUGACUAGCCUGCAGUAGCUAGAAACUUGUGGGUUCAAUGACCAGACUUCCACUGUUGUGCCCUUGAACAUUUAACCUGUUGAGGAGUGAAUUAUUUUCCUAGCUCCUUCUAGAAUUCUUGGCAAACGAGCUAUGGAAAUCCCUAUUGUUUCUUUAAGUAUUGUUACUAUAAUAAUAAUAAUAAUAAUAAUAACAAUAAUUGUUGUUAUUAUAGUUGGUAAUGUAGUGUUAUUGUUGUUGAAUUAUUGUGUAGGCCUGGAUGUGAUGUGAACCAAUUUUCUUCAUGUCUUUAUUUACACUGCAGAUGUGCUGAUCUAACCAAGUGUUAUUAAUCUUUAAGAUAAAAAAGUAGUUGGUAUUGUUUUGAAUAUAAAGAGACUUGCCUUGUGCUUUUUCAGUAAAAUAAUUUUGACUUGAUUUAGUGGGCAGCUAUUUUAAGCCGUUUUAUCAAGACAAAUUUGCAGCCAACACUGGCAGUCAAAUGUGUGUAUUUUCAGUACAAGGAUGCCUAGGUUUGCAAUCAUUUGUGUAUUUUCAGUACAAGGAUGCCUAGGUUUGCAAUCACUUCCUAUAUUUGGAGGGCUAUUUUUGUGGUGUAUUCCUUAUUUUGAAAUAUCAAUACAAGCCAAGAACUUGUUUGACCUUGUUUUUUUUUUUUUCUUGAAUAAUCUUCUAUAUUUUACCUAGAUGUAUGUAAAUGCUUUGAAUGAAACAUGCUUUUCCAAAUUAAAAAAUAAAUGAAUAAAAAAAUAUUUUUGUUCA